AAAUAGUAAACCGGGAGGUGAUUUUCUAAGUUAUUUAUAAAUGUUAUUUUUGUAAAAAUACGCGGAGACAAAAAUAUCGUCAUUUUAGAAUUAGAAUGUGCUCCUAAAAUCCAGUGUCUCAUUCACCGUUUUGUAAAAAUUCUCUUGACUAAAAAAUGAAGAAUUGGGACGUUUUCUGUAUUUUUCUUAUCGUAAGACUCGCUUCAGUAUUUCUUGUACAAACUUUCUUCGUACCUGAUGAAUAUUGGCAAUCACUGGAAGUUGCUCAUGGUAUUUCUUUUGGAUAUGGGUACCUCACAUGGGAGUGGCGUGCAGGAAUCAGAAGCUACAUUUAUCCUUUAAUAUUUAGUUGUUUUUACAGUUUACUCAACUAUUUUCAAUUAGAUGACCCUUUAGUAUUGAUCUAUGGCCCACGCAUUUUACAAGCACUUUUGAGCGCUUAUGCAGAUUUGUGUUUUUAUCAGUGGUGUGGGGCUAAAAAAUGGGCUGUGUUUAGUAUUACAACGUCUUGGUUUUGGUUUUAUACAGGAUCAAGGACUUUGAUUAACACUUUUGAAAAUGCUUUAAGUACUAUUGCACUUUCCAAAUUUCCUUGGCUGGGCAAAGGGAAAGACGAAAAUUUGAAAUUUAUUUGGAUUGUUGCCGCACUUUCCGUAAUACGACCCACUGCUGCUGUAAUAUGGACACCACUUUGCGUCUAUCAUUUAUUGAUAACAAAAUAUAAAAUUUCGUCUCUUAUUAUCACUCGAUACAUUCCGAUCGCUCUUAUAGUACUGGCCGCGUCUACUCUUUUGGAUAGUUUAUCUCACGGUUCUUUCAUUGUGACUCCGUACGAAUUUCUCAAAUUCAAUAUAUUCCAAGAUGUGGGUUCAUAUUACGGAUCGCAACCCUGGUUUUGGUACUUAUCAGCAGGAUUCCCUGCGAUUCUCGGAAUACACUUUUUGCCAUUUGUAAUGGCCACACUUGUCAUAAUAAAAAAUCGCAGUAUACACCCCAAUGAAUUAGCCCUACUUGGUACUAUAGUUUUUUCGCUUGGUGUAUACAGUUUUUUGCCACAUAAAGAAUUCAGAUUUUUGUUGCCUCUGCUACCCAUAGCAUUAUUUAUAUCUUCGAGAUUUUUGUCAGCUUGGAGUCGCAAAGCUAGCAAUGUGAUGCUGUGGACGGUUGCGUUAAUUUUAUUUAUGGGAAAUGUGGGUCCUUCGUAUUAUUUGGGAUAUGUCCACCAACGCGGUACUUUAGAUGUGAUGACGCCUUUACGAGAGAUAGCGCUUAAAAAUCCGAACAAUACCAACUUACUGUUUUUAAUGCCCUGUCAUUCUACACCUUUGUUUAGCCAUUUGCAUGUGAAUGUGACUGCUAGAUUUUUAACGUGUGAACCGAAUUUUAACACUAGUGAGAGUUAUGUGGAUGAAGCUGACCAGUUUUAUAGUAGUCCUAGUGUUUGGUUACGAAAGAAUUAUCCCCCGAACGGGACUUUACCAUCUCAUAUCAUUUGUUUCGAUUCAUUGGAACCCAUGAUUAGUGAUAUAAUGAGCAGAUAUAAGACAACACAUGAAAUUCCACAUACUAAUUUCCCGUCGUCACGAGUUGGCUAUAACGUCUUAAUAAAUGAAAGAAUUGGAAAAUGAUUUUUAUUGUAUGUUUCUGUAUUGCUCAAGUUAGGUCACUGCCAUUGUUAAGUAAUUCUAGUUGAAUAAAUGUUUGAACGGUU